CGUACGCGCCCGGUUGCUGUCCAAUUAGCGCGCAGAAUGACCGAGCGUUCUGAAUAUGCAUCAGCUGCUUCGCCAAUUGCAGUGUGGGAGCGCGCAGUAGGAAAAGUAUUCCCAGCGAAUUCUGUUAGGGAGCACCAAUCAAAUGUAAUCUUAUUACGCCUAUCCGAGCGCAGUCAACAGGAGCACCACUGUCAAAGUCUGGUUUCAUGGAGGGACGGAGAGAAAACUUCUGAUCAAAGUCAUUUUGCGGAUUACAUCUCUUUAUUCCCCAAUGUAGUUGACUGGCGCGUCGAGCAGCCGUCCGAUGGACUUGCACACUCGCUGCGAUAUCAUGCCGCUGUCCUGACUGAGGAGACCAUGGAGAAUAGCACAUACUGUGGAAUAUACCUGUUCUACGUUCUGUCUCUCCUGCUCCUCUCGGAGUACCCCCUGUGCUGCCAAGGAAAUUGGAUGUGGCUGGGUAUAACGUCGGGGUUACCGGAGAAGAUGGGCUGUGCCAAUUUGCCCCUCUCCAACAAACAGAAGGAGAUAUGUAAGAAAAAGCCGUACCUCCUGCCCAGCAUCAAGGACGGCGCGCGGCUGGGCAUCGCCGAAUGCCAGACGCAGUUCAAGCACGAGCGAUGGAACUGCUCCACUACCAAAGAUCUGUCGGUGUUUGGCUACGAGUUAACCAGCGGCACUAAGGAGACGGCGUUCAUCUCCGCGGUGAUGGCGGCGGGUCUGGUUCACGCGGUGACGCGCUCCUGCAGUGCGGGCAACAUGACGGAGUGCUCGUGUGACAUGGGCCUGCAGGGCACGGGCUCCGCGGCAGAGGGCUGGCACUGGGGAGGCUGCUCCGACGACAUCCAGUACGGCACCUGGUUCAGCCGCCGCUUCCUGGACCAAGGCCUCGAUCCGGUCGCCGGUGCCGCGGCCGGCGCAGGGAAGAAUGGUGUCAACGCCAGCCUGGCCUUGACGGGCACGUCGGGAUCGCCGGCGGACGCCGUGAUUGCCAUGAACCAGCACAACAGCGAGGCCGGACGACAGGUGAGAGAGAGAGGGAGAGGGGGAAAGGAAGAGGGACAGGAGGAGAGAGGGAGGAAGAGAGGGGGGAAAUAGAGAGAGAGGAAAGGAAGAGGCUGCAGUUGCAAAGAUCUCUGCCUGAGAGAAAAAGGGAAGGAGAGAGAGAUCACAUGCUCUCAUCAUAGACUAGACAUAUACACACUGCCCACUUA